GAACCACCAGGGAAACAAGGUCGGCUAUCGUGAGCCACGUAUCAUUCCCAUGCGUGUCUGCGUACACAGAUGUCGACGCUGCACCACCGAAAAACCCUUCAUUUUGUAAGCUGAGUUGACUGAAAUACAGACUUUAGUUGAAAAUGAGUUGGUUUAGGUCUGUUCUAGGGUCCGGUGAGACUUCGGCUCAACCAACUGGAGCUGAAACGAUUGCACGUCUCUGUGACAGAGUUCAGUCUUCAACACUCCUUGAUGACAGACGAGACGCUGUACGGGCACUGAAAUCACUCUCGAAGAAAUUCCGCCUGGAGGUUGGGACUCAAUGCAUGGAUGUGCUGUUGGGCGUCUUGCAGACGGAUAGGAGCGACUCGGAGAUUGCCAGCUAUGCAGUGGAGACCCUGCUGAACAUCAUCUGCCCGACCAUGGAUGAGGAAGAUGACGACUUUGAGCACAUUGAUGUGGAGGCAAGAGAGAAGGAGGUCAGACAGCUGAGCGAGCAGUUUGUUGACAUCUUCCUCAAGAGCACUGAGAACAUCACCCUCAUGCUCGGUCUUCUGGAGGAGUAUGAGUUCCGUAUCCGCUGGCCAGCCAUCCGUCUGAUGACCGCUCUGAUCAAUCUACGGUCAAGCCAAGUCCAGCAGAUCAUUCUGGUCAGUCCCAUGGGUGUCUCCAAGCUGAUGGACCUGCUGUCCGACAGCCGGGAAGUCAUCAGGAACGAUGGCCUGCUGCUACUGACUGGUCUCACCAAGGGCAACGCCAACAUCCAGAAGAUCGUUGCCUUUGAGAACGCCUUUGACCUGCUCUUGAGGAUCAUCAUGGAGGAAGGAGCUAGCGAUGGCGGCAUCGUGGUAGAGGAUUGCCUGAUGUUGCUGCUGAACCUCCUCAAGAAAAACAGCUCCAAUCAGACCUUCUUUAAGGAGGGAAGUUUUGUUCAGCGUCUGUCUCCGUUCUUUGAACUCCAAACGCUGAUUCCCCAAAACCCAGACGGCACGUGGUCGACACAGAAAGUCAAGAAUGUCCAUUACAUGCUGCAGGUCAUAAGGAGCCUGGUUUCCCCCAACAAUCCACAGCAAGCGACAAGCGCUUGCCAGAAGCUGAUCCACUCCUGUGGUUUACUGAAGCAGCUGUGCAGUAUCCUGAUGGCUAGCGGGGUACCAGCCGAUAUCCUGACUGAGACCAUCAACACGGUGUCAGAGGUCAUCAGAGGUUGUAAGGUCAACCAGGAUUUCUUUGCAGCUGUAAAUGCCCCCUCCAGCCCCCCAAGGCCGGCUAUAGUUGUCCUGUUGAUGUCCAUGGUGAAUGAGAAGCAGCCGUUCGUCUUGCGCUGUGCUGUGCUCUACUGCUUCCAGUGCUUCUUGUGCAAGAAUGAAGUGGGGCAGGAACAGAUCAUAUCCACGUUACUCCCCGCCACAGCCGAUGUAUCUGCGGUAACAGCGGGACAGCUCCUGUGUGGAGGUCUGUUCAGCCAGGACCCCUUGUCCAACUGGUGUGCCGCCAUCGCCCUCUCUCAUGCACUCAAAGACAACAACUCACAAAAGGAGCAACUACUGCGGGUGCAGCUUGCCACGGGGCUGGGACAGCCUCCGGUGUCACUGCUGCAGCAAUGUGCGAACAUACUGUCACAGCCCACUGUCAGGUUCCAGACCAAGAUUGGUCUGCUGAUUCUGCUGAGUUCUUGGAUGGCCGGAUGCCAGCUGGCCGUCACUCACUUCCUUCUCAACCCUGCAAACGUUCCAUUCCUGACAGCCCAAGUUGCCGAGCACACGGAUGAGGAUGAGUUGCUGGGCCAGGGCCUCUGCGCGUUCCUGCUGGGCAUCUGUGUUCAUUUCAACGACAACUCCAAUGAAAGCUUCACAAAGGAGAGCAUGAAGCAGCUGAUAGUAAAGCGAGUCGGCCUGGAGUCCUUCGUAGAGAAGCUGGACCUGGUUUCCAAGCACGAGCUGUACACCUUGGCUGCCCAGAAACCCCAGCUUAGGUUCCCCUCCCCGGACGUCAUGAUGCUGGACUAUGAAUUCACCGCACUCUUCAAACAGCUGGAAGGCGUGUUGAUGAAAGCUGUAUCGGACAAGGAUGACGUUGAGACCAAGAAAACCAUUGAAGACCACGACAGCAUUGUGACCCAGUACAAAGAAAUCAUAAGAGAUCAGGAUAUAGAACUUGGAGAACUGAAGACAAAGCACUCAAAGCUUGAGAAGGAAUACAAGAAGUCAGAUGUACUCCUAGGGGAGCAAGCACAACAGAUUCAACAGCUCAAGGACCAGUACGCCCUCAUCAAAGCACAACAUGGUGCACAAUCAGGCCAGGGUGAUGUCAACAACUCUGACUCCACGAGUCUUGCUGCUGCUGAUAAUGGGAGGAUAGCUCAGCUUGAAGCAGAGAUCUCGGCCCUGAGGGAAGAGAACACGACACUCGGUACACAGGUCCAAGAGAAAAACGCCAGGAUAGAAAAAUUAACAAAUGAUUUGACGAUAUCUGAUGCCAAAGCUGUACUAUCUUCGAGCGACAUGGAGAAUGCAUCCUCGGACGAGCUGAGGACACGCAUGGAAGAGAUGCAAAAGGAAAAUGAGAAACUGAGGAUGGCAUUGGCGGAUGCGACCGCUGAAUCUGAGGCACAAAGCAGAAAGGUAGACGAACUUUCAGAAAAAGAAAGGAAUUCAAAGGAUGUCUGUAACAGACAGAAGAGUGACCUGGAAUCGAGACUUGCACAAUCGGAAUCGAACAGUGCUUCAGUUUCUGCUGAGAAUGAGCAUCUAAAAUCCACCAACCAAACUCUAGAAGCCAAACUCUUAGAAGCUCAGAACUCCCCACAAAGCGGUGGCAGCGGUGACACGGAGGCCAUCAACCAACUUAAGGAGGCCAUCAACCAGCUUGAGCAAGACAAGAGAGCCCUUGAACAGGAAUGUGACUCAUUAACAGAGAACCUGGAAGGUGUUAAGAAGGAAAUGGAAGACCUCUUGGUGCUUCUGACGGACACUGAUGCAAAGAAAGACCACUACAAGGAGAAACUGAAAGAACUUGGCCAAACAAUCUCUGAUGAUGAACUAGGUGAGGAAGGUGAAGACUGGGAAGAGGAUGAUGAAGAAAACAGCUGAGUUGCUAUGGAAACCAAGGAUGUUUAAAUUUUUUAUGCAAAUUCUGAAAAUAAUCGAAAUUGGGAUAAACCUUUAUAUAUUUUGAGAGGGUCUUUGUACGCUGUAAUAUUUUUGCUCGGUUGCCAAAUAGCAUAGUUGGGUGGUUGUAGAAAAAACUGCGUGGCAUUUUCACAAUUUUUUUUUCAAACUCCUGAACAAAUUUAAGGAUUGAACUUAAAAUCCACAUAA